AAUUGUGUGUUUUAUCAACAUUAUAACAUUCUUUACAGUUUACUUGCUGAUUUAUUUAUAUCCGUCAUAAAGCGACUAUCAGAUUUCAAAUCUGUUAAACUCUCAAUUUGUUAUCUCAAUGGCUGUAACCGUCGCUAAUGGCUACGGUUUCCUUUUGUGUUUUCCACUGUCCACUGCAACAUGUUUCUCAAGCUUCAGGUGUUUCUGUUUGCUCCAAUUUUGUACUCGAUAGUUUCCAUAUGCAGAGUGGAAGCUCGAUCUUCGUCGGCCUCGGAUUCUUUUGAGACAGCUGACAUCUUUCACAGAUUACAGAUUUACACUGAAAAUGCGCCCAAACCAGUUGGCCCUUACAGUCAGGCCAUACAAUUUGGCCGCACGGUGUACGUCUCCGCAGUGCUAGGCUUGGAUAAGGAGACCAAGAAGAUAGUACCCGGCGGAGCAGAGGCGGAGGCUAAACAGGCUCUGGACAACCUGUCGGCCAUCUUAGACGAAGCCAAUACACACUUUGCUAAUGUUUUGAAAACUACUGUGUAUCUUCAUGACAUGAACGAUUUUCUGGCAGUCAAUCGAAUGUACAAAGAGUAUUUCCGACAUCCGUAUCCUGCUAGAACGACACUUGAAGUAUCAAAACUGCCCUUGGGAGCUAAGGUAGCCAUUGAAGCCAUUGUUGGUCUAACGGAUUCAUGGAGUGUGAAGCAUGCCACGACAACUGACGCUACUGGAGCUACGGAGAAAUCUCUGGAAGAAAUCCACAUGUAA